AUGUCUCAAAUAACUAAAAGUGACAGUGACGGGGGCCACCACACAUUAGCGCCUGCUUCAAAUAACGUAGCAAAAAGGCCUAGCAAACGCCCAGCCGUCUACUCUCCUCCAAUUAGGAAUUUACUGGAAGGCGCGGACGAUGCUACAAACACAGCACUCCGCAACAUAACUGAAGACGUAGUACAACGGGAAAUGAGUAAUUUACUGACUAAACUUAACAUCUCAAUGGGCACUUUGCUCAACACCCAACUUAAAUCAAUCAAAGAUGAAAUACAAGACGUAAAAGAGUCAAUGUCAUUUAUGAGUAGUCCGUAUGAGGAGAUUAACAAGGAGCUUAAAACAUCCAAAAAAUCAAUACAGGAUUUACAAAUAAAGAGUUUUGAGAGUGUUACGCAACCCUAA